CCCAAGAACAAGGGGUUCAUGUUAUGUAAUCAAACCGAAACUGUAGAGAUGAUACAUUUUUACGUGUUUUGAUUGACCGCUAUCACUAAAACAUCUGGUUGAAGAUAGUAAGAGGGAUACACAACUAGAUGUGUAUACUAACGUUUAUUUUUUGUUAUAUUUUUCUUGUUGGGUGAGUUGUGCUUUAGCCUACGUGCCGUAAGACAUGUAGCAUUUGAAUCAGUGUUUGUGCUUCUGUAGUGUUUAAUUGCGAGUGUACCUAAGGCUCUGAUACAUUGGAAGUUAGAAUUUGGUCAUGCCUCAAGAAGCAGAGCCCCCUCUUCCUCUCGUGCGCUCCCUACCCAGUGGAAUCCCGUGCCAUGUCGUUUUCUGCAACCGAAGUGAUCGAGUUGUUCGCCCUGUGUGGAUAAACUUCCGCGGAGAGCCUCAGACUUACAACCCAAUUCAACCCAAGACGGGACAGAGAAUGACUACAUUUGUCGGCCAUCCUUGGAUGUUCCGUGAUGCUGAAUCAGAUGAUCCCAUGCGUGUGAAUGAGAAGGAGCUGUACCUCCCCCGAGCCCAGAACACCAUGUCACAGAUGUCACUGGUCAACAUCACUCUACCAGUGUUUACCCUGCGGGAGCGCUGUCUGCAGGUGGUGAGGAAGUAUGUCUCUGUAGAGGACUUUCCUCAGCUGGAGAUUGCCAAGACUCUUCAGGAGGACCUGGCAGACAAGCCAAGCCUCCAAAGAGACCUUCAGUGCAUCGCACAGCGCGUGGAGCAGAGGUUACUGCAGGAGAGGCAACAAGAGCAGACAUGAGAGAGAGAGAGAGAGAGUGUGUGUGUGUAUAUGUGAGAGAGAGAGAGAGAAAAUUGUCAAUUGUUGUGAGUGUUUGUCUUUGUAUAGAAACACAUUUGUACAUGUAUAUAUUUGAACUGUAUAAUUAAAAUGAUGGACUAUAA